AAUCGUGUACGUAGCAAUCACAAACCAAUUUAUCAGCCAUCUGGAUCGGAACCCAGCUGUCGAUACGAUGAAGAGCAUCGCCGAACGUUCGACGGGAUCGUUUUAUUGGUGGAUACUGGCCACUUUGUUCCUCCCUAUAGCGAUUCCUGGAUUGGUGUUUAAACUGCUAUCAACGAUGAAGGAAAGCCGAUACCUGCGUGGUUUGAAUGGCAAGGUCGUUCUCAUCACGGGGGCAAGCUCUGGGCUGGGAGAAGCGCUGGCUCACAGCUUUUUCCUAGCCGGCUGCAAAGUCGUGCUUGCUGCCCGGCGCAAGGAAGAACUUGAUCGCGUUCGCAAGGAUCUGCUGCAGCUACACACGACAGUACCAACUCAUCCGCCGAUCAUACUCCCGCUUGACCUGUCUGAUCUCAACAGUAUUACCGAGAAGGUGCAGAGUGUGCUGGAAAUUCACGGUGGGAUCGAUAUUCUAGUCAACAAUGGCGGUGUCAGCGUACGAGGGGAUGCCCUUUCGACGGCAAUCGAUGUCGAUAUCCGCAUAAUGCUGGUCAAUUACUUCGGUACCGUGGCCAUGACCAAGGCUUGCCUUCCGUCCAUGAUUGCGCGCAAGGAGGGUCGCAUCGUGGUCGUGUCCAGCGUACAGGGAAAGUUUGCCAUUCCACACCGGUCGGCGUACAGCGCGUCCAAGCAUGCAUUGCAAGCCUUCUGUGACAGCUUGCGUGCCGAGGUGGCCAAAGAUAACGUCAAGGUGACGCUCGUUGCUCCCGGAUACAUUAACACGUCCAUGUCUGUAAAUGCACUGACCGGCUCGGGUGCAACCUAUGGCAAAAUGGAUGCGGCCACGGCAGGUGGUGCUUCCGCCGACGACACAGCCAGGAGCAUUUUAAAAGCGAUCGCACGUGACGAGAAGGACUUGAUGCUUGCACCAUUCGCUCCUAGGGCCGCGUACUGGUUGCGACACCUCAUGCCACCCGUUUAUUACUGGAUAAUGCAAAAGCGUGCCGAAAAAUUGGAUACAUGAACUUCGCCGCAGGAAACUGGUUCCAUUUUCUAGCAUGUAGGUUGUAACCAUGUGUUUGAUAGCUAUAGCCCAAUUCUAAGGCAUGGGAUUUCAGAAUAGUUCAAUAACAAAGU